UCAUGCUGCUGCCAGGUCCAGAGUCUCUCAUGGGUCCCUGUACGGCCUCCCAUUGCUGCUGUCUCCAUCGCCACACUCUGCCAUGUGCCACUUUCAGGUCUCCUCACACUGCUGGUGUGUUCCAUUUUUUGUCAUAGGGUGCUGGCAGAUUACGGGCCUCCCAUAGCUGCUGCCAGGCCCCUAAUCUGCCAUGGGCCCCUAUAUACCGCCUCCUCAUGCUGCUGCCAAGUCCAGAGUCUCUCAUGGGUCCCUGUACGGCCUCCCAUUGCUGCUGUCUCCAUCGCCACACUCUGCCAUGUGCCACUUUCAGGUCUCCUCACACUGCUGGUGUAUUCCAUUUUUUGU